AUGAAGUUCUUCAAGCUCUCGGAGCCUAAAACCGUGCUGCCGUUUGCAUUGCGUCUGCUGGAAAAUUACGGACUGCGUGGUGGCAAUCGGAGAUUUCUCCAAUUUCAACUGACGGUCCUGUGGACGGUGGUGAUGAUUGACUUCCCGAAGAUAUUUCUGGGGUUCCCCGAUCAUCUUGAUCUGGUGAUACGAAGCCUAUCGGAGCUACUGUUUCAGCUGCAUAUUCAGAUUCGAAUUGUCAUUUUCGCUUGGAAUCGGUCCAAGUUCGAAGAGAUGAUUGCCAUCAUGCGGAAGGUUUACAACAAAUUAUUUUCCGCUAAUGGCGACUCAACAUUGAAGGAUAUCGUGUUGGAAUCGAAUACCAUCAUCGACAGGCGGUCCAAAGGUUAUUUCUUGUACAUUCUGGGAUGCGUCAGUUUAUUUUCGCUGGCACCUGUAGUGCAAAGUGUGAUGAUUUUUGUCGUAAACAAAAGUGGCAACGGUACUGAGAAGGCAGAGUACGUCACUAUGAUGGAGCAAGAGUUCUACGGUCUGAAUGUUCGAGGAAACUUUGGCCAUUACGUGAUCUACGUCGCUCUGGCCGGCUUGGGACAUUACUAUUCAGCUGUAUUUUUUGCAAUUGUAGGAGUUGUCAUGCUCUGCGGUGUGAGCUGUUCUAUAGUUUUGUUCAGGUUGGUGAUUGUGAGACUGAACAAACUGCAUGAGUUAUCUGGGUCAGAACUUCGAGAAGAACUCCGAGAUAUCAUAGACUUGCACGGAGAUGCGUUGAAAUGCACUCAACUUUUGGAGAAAAUCGCCAACUUGGCCAUGAUCGUACAGAUGGUCGAUUGCGUACUUAUUUGGAUUUCAAUGGUUUUGUAUGUUAGAGAUAACCUGGAUGUUAAUGCCAUCAGCGUGCUGGUAUUGCUCGUAGUCCUCACCGGAGAGACAUAUGCCCUUUGUAAUCUUUUGACCAAACUGACUGGUGAAAGCCUAGCCGUCACACGAGCCAUCAUCGAUUGUCCGUGGUAUGGCUUACCCCUGGAUGUUCAGAAAGCACUCUCUUUCGUUAUAUUCAGAGCCCAGCGGAAGGAAGGCAUCACGGCGGCGAAGUUCUUCUUCAUGGAUAUUGAGCGUUUCGGGAAGGUGGCUCAGACAUCGUAUUCAAUUUACGUGGUGUUGAAGGAUCAGUUGUAA